ACCUGCCAGUGAAGAGACCGAAGGCCUGGGAGCUUCUAAAUUCAUAGACGAUGAGAGCAGCCUCGUCCCAGCGCACCUCCGUGUUAUAGACAGUGUCCUAGUUCUUCUCACGAUGAUCAUAGAGAAUGUGGAAGCCCUGAAGUCGUGGCUUGCAAAACUCCUGGAGCCAAUAUGUGAUGCUGACCCGUCUGCGUUAGCCAACUAUGUCGUGGCUCUGGUGAAAAAGGACAAAGUGGAGAAGGAUCUGAAAGCCCUUUGCGCUGAUCAGCUUGAUGUGUUCUUACAAAAAGAGACAACAGGAUUUGUUGAUAAACUUUUUGAAUGUCUGACGACCAAGAACUACCUGGGAAGUCCCGCUGCCAAGGAGACUCCUAAAGAGGAGGUCAAACCGCCGGCAGCCAAGCCAGAUGCUGUGGAGGCUGAAACACCAGAGGAUGAGAGAGAAAACAGGUGGAGGAGAAGUCCUCUGAGAAAUCGCUCUGACUUUGAGUCCAGGACCCCCACUGAUAGCAACCAGUGGGAUCGAUCCUCCCAACCACCAAUCGGCAAUCGCUCCUUCUCCUCCUGGUGGACCGCCUGGUGUGGGACGGCCACCAACUCUUCCUCCUCCUCCUCCUCCUCAACAACAACCUCCUCCUCCUCCUUCGUCCUCGUCUGUGUCCCUUCAUCCCCAAUAUGUCCAGUCUGAAUAUAACUAUGAUCCGGAGGGCUACAACCCAGAAUCCCCAGCCCUGACUACAUCAGGUCGUAACCAGUACCGUCAGUUCAUUCCCCGAGUGCAGACCCAGCGCUCCAACCUCAUCGGCCUCACCUCCAACGAAGGACAAGGACAAGGACAAGGAUCCAGAGCUGCAAACAUAGUGAUUCAGACAGAGCCAGUCCCUGCAGCCAGUGCUCCUGGAAGUAACGUGCCCCGUUUCAACGCCGAGCUGGACAACAGGAAGAGAACCAUGGGACAUAGUGUAGCUGAAGGACCAGCAGUUAAAAAACCCUGGAUGGACAAGACAAACUUUAACAACCAACAUAAGAACAGCUUUCCUAAGAGGAAUCACUAUGUGAACACAAAGCUGGAGGUUCGAAAGAUCCCUCGAGACCUCAACAAUAUCACCAAGCUUAACGAGCACUUCAGCAAGUUUGGAACCAUCGUCAAUAUACAGGUUGUGUUUGGUGGAGACCCGGAGGCAGCGUUGAUUCAGUACACAAUGAAUGAAGAGGCCAGGCGGGCCAUAUCCAGCAUCGAGGCGGUCCUCAACAACCGCUUCAUCCGUGUGUACUGGCACCGCGAGCCCGGCACCAACCCCACAGGGCUUCAGCAGCCGGAGCAGAGCUCAGGGAGCCAGCUGCCUGGUUUGACCCCCAGCCAGGGGCCGCAGCACAGCAACAUGCAUAAGGGAAUAAAACAGCACUGUCCAGCCGCCUAUGUGUUGAACAAGACUGUACCAAAGCACCGCCUGCCAGCAGCGGCUGGGGCCACCGGUGGAACCAGGCCAGACCACCUGAACCCAAACACAGAAGCCGCCUAUAUGGCGAACCCCCAGAAGAACCCCUACACUUCCACAGCCCUCAAGUCGUCCUCAAAGAGCUUUGGGAGAACGGGAAAAGCACUAGAGGCACAGGAAGUCCUCAAGAAGAAACAGGAGGCAUUAAAACUACAGCAGGACAUGAGGAAGAAGAAGCAGGAGAUGUUACAGACACGGAUCGAGUGUCAGAAGACCCUGAUAAACCGUCUGGAGAAGAACCGAGGGAUGAAACCCGAGGAAAGAGCCAACAUCAUGAAGACCUUGAAGGAGAUGACGGACAAGAUCACGCAGCUGCAGAAUGAGUUGAAUCCUUACUCCAAAUCCAACCACAGUCAGUCCAAGACCAAGACUGAUGCCCAGAAGGAACUGCUGGAUGCAGAGCUGGACAUUCACAAGAAGAUGAGCUCCGGAGAGGACACGACAGACCUCAAGAGAAAACUGGGGCUGUUACAAGUGGAGGCGACGCGGCUGGGCCUGAUCCGGCCUCCCACAGGUCGAGGUCGGGGUCGAGGGAAGAUGGCCCAUGAGCCUGGCCCGAUGCACAUGGGCCGGGGGAGGGGCCGGAGCCGGGAGAUGAUGGCUCGCGGCGGGGCCGUGAACCGUAUGUCGGUCGACCACCGACCCAGAGCCCUGGCUAUUUUGGGGGUCACUCAGCAGGAGAAGGAGGAGCUGAUGCCGCACUUUGUGAAAUACGGGGAGAUUGAGGAUUUCCGUGACCAAGAUGCUAACAGUGUCGUCAUGACCUUCAAAACACGAAGCGAAGCAGAGAAUGCAGCGAACCAGGGAGCUAAGUUCAAAGGUCGAGUGCUGCAGAUUUCCUGGUACAAACCCAAGACCCCCUCUGUAAACACGGAGCCAGAGGAGGAAGAGGCUAAAGACGAGGACAAUAAGAAGGAAGUUGGCUCUUAUAUGCCUGGUGAGGAAGAGGAGGAGGAGGAAGACGACGACGAAGAAGACGAGUAUGAAAGCCGAUCAUGGAGGCGGUGAAGGCUACCUGAUUCGCCCGUCACCUGCUCCUCAGUGAAAUCAGUACUUACCCUGACAUGAACAUAAAAUCGAUUCAACGGAACUCACAUUUUUUUAUUUCCUUUCCAGUAUUUUCAAACUAAGUCAUUUUAAACUCUUAUCGAAGUAAAAAAAACAUCUUUACUUUAUUGUACAUCGCAAGAAGUUUAGGGGGGUCGACGUGUUUUGUAUCCCUCGACUAAACAAUUAUUUAAAACAUCUCACUUUUGCUGAGAAAGAUAAAUGUUAAGUUGUUCUUAUAGAUAGAAAAAGAAACCUAUGUAAGUUGGAGUGUGCUUACCAGAUGAUUAAUAUCAGUAAUGCACAACAUUUGUGUCUACUGUGAAUAGGUAUUUUUAUACAUACUGUAUUUAAGCUCUUUUCUCACCAGUUUUUUGAAAGACCUUGUCCUCGGUUCAGGGACAGCCAUUCCAUCACCAACAGAACGUUCUCUGUCGCUGCCGGAGAGAAACUUAUUUAUUUUCCCACUGGGCCGUACCUAUAUUGGCACAGUUUGGUAUGGUUCCUCACAUUUCUUUGACAGUGGCCUCUGUGUGCUGGCAUGAACCCAGUCUAGUUGGUGCAUGUUGUAUUCCUAAACAAGCGGAGCCACUCCCCUCCCAGCACCCAAAGGUGCUGAUGCUGUACCACGACCACAUUCGAGCCAGUGCAGGUACAGACGGAUUCCAGUGCAAUAGAAAAGAACAACAACGAUGUUUACAAAUUACCACGUCCAUGCACGUCACAGACAGGUUCUCCCCCCUUGUGUGUUUUUUGUCCUUCACUCAAUGUCCGGUGCCACUCUUGUGUAAAUACAAACACCAUCAACUGGUGUUCUACAUUUUCUAAGAGUCUCCAACAUUUUCCACUUGUUCUACCCUGUCAAACAAAGGCCCUGACAGGACAAGGACCAGAUCACCCAUUUAAAAAUUCUACAUAAAAUGUGAGAUCCAUAGACAGGUGACUGAAUGUAAUACUGAACAGUUGAUUUUUUAUAUAUAUAUAUAAAUAUAUAUAUUUAGUUUCUUUGCCUUAAACAAUCAGCAGAUGGCUGAAUUUUUACAAGAUUUGUGAUUUACUUUUGUAAAUUUUGUAAAUGCUUGUGAGAGAAACUACAGUGUUUUGUUUUGAGUUUAGUUUUUUCUCUCAUGUCAUUUGAAACGAAUGACCAGGCUGUUUUCAGGUAGAGCAGGUCGAACCAGAGAGGCAGGAGUUCUGCAUUCGUGAGCACAAAGCCACGCCGUCGUUUCUCUGAAGUUUGUCAUAUUGUUUAAAGAAACAUUCAGAGCUGCUCUGAUCUGUGGGAAUCACUCUGUAGAAAGCCACCAUAGGAAAAGGACGGAUGUGGUGUCCUGCAUGCACCUCCCACUGCUAGGUGUCCAUUAGUGCAGCUUUGUCUACAGCUGACUAUGGUCACACAGUGCUCUAAACCCACAACCACAGUGUGCACCUUUCAUGUCAACAGAACUAGUUUAACCUUUAACACAGACUGUGCGUUAGAACCCUCAGGGUGGGAGGAACGAGAAUCAAUUAAUUGUGUGUAAAUGUGCUCAAUGCAAGAUAACACUUUAUUUUUUCUUUCUUUUGCUGCUCCCCUCAAACAACUAACAACGUUUACACGCAGCCUCACGAAGUGUCGUCAGACGUAUGCUUAUCAUAACUCGAGUAAGCUGAUCAUAUCCCGGGGACCUAACCAGUCGGAGGGCAACAGUCAUGCAGGCAGGAAUCUGUGUGUGAAGUAUUUCCCCUGCAUGUGAACACAGUGAAUCCUUUUCCUCCCAUCUACUGUGACGGUAGCGUUUUCUUUUUUGGGAUUUCAUAUGUCACUGUUGCUCCGAGGCCUCUUGCCAUCGGCGUCACUGUCCCAGUCGAACGUUUUGAGUUCACCGUCACUGUCAGGAUGAGGUGUUUAGGUUGGCGAUGAAAAGCUGAAACUUUUCCCUUCGCACUCCAUACUUUCUUAUGAUUUGCUCGUGGCAGUUUUAGAGGACAAACCGAUACUGGCAGGGUUCUCGCUUGUGUUAGUGAUGACGCAGAGAUGGUCUCUCUCUCCCCCACUUUUUUGUACUAUCUCCUGUAUGCUACUAUCACACUAGUGUAAAAACAAAUGUAAAAUGUUUAUUGGAUAAUAGUUUUGGAUUUGUAACUGUUUAUAUUUGCAGGGUGUGGAUGUAUUUUCUUCAUGUAUUUUGUUUGUAAAAAUGGAUUUCUAAUUUACAAGCAUGUUUGCUUUUGCCAAUAAAGAUGGAGGAAUGGGGUGCUUAGAAGAAGAUACAAAAAAAGAAAGAAAAGUGAAAAAAAAAAAACAAUAGUUGCAAUUGGAUCUUGGAGGGAAAAAAAUGACAUUUUGAGUUGAAAGAAAACUGACCAAAAAAAGAAGUCGACAUUGGCAAAGAAAAAAAAUCAAACAAAAGCAUUCCUGAAAAUAUGAACUGAAA